AUCAUCUAAAAUCAAUACUGAAAAUCAACAAAUGAAAAUAUCAAAAGAGUGCGGCGCAUAAUUAGAUUUACUAGCCAAAAACCCUCUUCAUAAAGCCCGCGUAAAACCAACUGCAACCAACGAAAUAACCGAGUUACAAGCGAUACAAAAUCAACAACCAUUUUUAGAAUUAAUUUUGUUUGAUGUGCGCGCUCAUAAAAAUUUACAUAGAAGCGGCAUAAAAUAAAUACGAAAUACACCAGGCCAGAAGAGAAAAAAAACGCGAGCGACAAAAGUGAAUUGGUUAACCAUGGAAAAGGCGUAACUGGCAACUGCUGACCCGGGCCUAUAACUUUAGAUGAGCGCGCUACUGUGCCACAAUUUUGGUUUACACCUGUCGAAGCUGCCACUCCCAAGAGGAACUUUUUCUACCACAAAAACAAUAACAACAACAAGAACUUUUUGCCCCACAACAAGAGGAAAAACCAAAAUAAAAGAGCAACAACAACAGUGAUAUGGAACUGUGCAUAGCAACAAAGUCAAAAAAGCAACAAGAACAAGCCGCUCAGAGUUCAAUGCAGCAAAGCAAAUGCAACAGCAGCAGCAACAGCAACUACUAUCAAAAGAAAUGCCACCAAAAUCAAACAAAUACUCAAGUACAGAGCACUCAGCAAAGCAAUUGCAGCAGCCACAGAGAUCGAGACCACCUGACAAAGCAGCAACAGAACCAACGAACAAAUAGUGCAACAGCAACCUCAUCAAAUUUCAACAGGAGCAACAUCAUCAGCAGCAGCAGCAGCAGCAACAUCAAGAGUAAAAACAUUAGGAGGCCCAGUAGAAGCACACAAUUAAACACGCUCUAUUCGCUGCUGGUGCUUUUGAUAGUCGGCCUUGCCACAGUUGCCGCCACCCCCGCAACCCCCUUUUCCCGCGAGACCAGACGCGAUGCUCUUUUGGCCUACUACAAGCGGGCCCACCUGCAACCGAGUGGCUCCUCCCCGGGGCACGAGCACGAGUAUCACCUGCAUCAGGACGCCAACGGCCUUGACUUUGACGAGCUAACGCCCACCGUCAGCAGCGUGUCCGUCCUCAGUCGGGCGGAGCGCCUUCGUUUGCGUAAGCGCAGUGCCACGCCCACAACGGCAGCAGCAGCAGCAACAUCGCCAGUUGCCGCCGUUGCACCUGCAGCGGCAACAUCAACGACAGCGGCGGCCAAGGAGGCAGCCAACAGCAAGAAGGCGGAGGAGGAGAAGUGCGAGCCCAGAGUACUGGAAACGCAGCCAGAUGAGCCGUUUUACGACUACACAGACAUCGCCGAGGAUGCCGCACGCCAGUUUAUUGAAUUUUUAUCGAGCAAAUUCCCAAAUGCCAACACACCGAUUACCAUCGAUGAGCCGACACGUGCGGAGGUGAGUCGCCGGGCCAAUGGAAUCGCCAGCUAUGCCCUCAACGAGGACGACAAUCUCCUGGCCUUCGCCAUCGCCGCGCCCAGCAUUCACACGGUGGUCGUUAAAUUCAGGGAUAACGUUACGAUACCACCGGAUCAGGUGCACAAUAAGGCAUAUUUGGGUUCCUAUUGGCGGGAGUUGGGUGCGGCCUGGAACAGCACGGACGGCACCCAGGAGUGGGGGGCUCCGUUCCGCGACUGCAACCUGUUGACGCGUCGCUGGCUCUGGCCAUUUCGAAUAUCCUUCAGCGAGCACAGGAUCAAAGUUGUGGCGGCUGCUUUUAUUGCCGCCGAUGAGGAUGUGUGCAACGAUGGAUUGGAGGAAGUUUUCGGUCGUCGUCAUGGCUGCGAUCGAAAUACCACUUUUUGCCUGCUCACCGAGAACAAACCCGCCGCCACCAGGGAUGUGUACACUUGUCUGUGCCGCGAAUCCUACUACCUGCCCAACUCCACGCUCCAGGGAUUCCGUGGCGAUCGCGUCGAGCUAUCCGAGGGCUAUGACAACUACUCCUGUAUUCCGUGUCCCGGAGGCUGCUCAAACUGCGACAGCAACGGCGUCUGUCUCACCUUCCAGGAGGAGGAGGUGCUCAACGUGGACGCCUGCCUGCGUCUCCUGGUGGCCAUCGUCCUGGGCGCCUGCAUCCUUUGCUGCGUCGUCCUGGGCGUGAUUGUCUUCCGGCAGAGAAAGUGCAAGGCCAUUGCCUCGGGCAUGUGGACUGUGCUGGAGACGAUACUGCUGGGCAUUGUUUUACUUUAUGCAUCCGUUGCCGUCCAUUUCUUUCCCGCCUCCACCGAGCGCUGUCUGCUGGAACCGUGGCUCCGGGAGCUGGGCUUCAUCACCUGCUACGGAGCCAUCAUCCUGAAGCUCUAUCGCCACCUGGUGGACUUCCGCACCCGCAAGGCCCAUCGCUGGGUGCUGAGGGACGUGGAUCUGCUCAAGUAUCUGGGCACCAUGGUCUUCGCCGUCAUCUGCUACAUGGCCGCCUUCACGGCCUCGUCGCUGGACCUCCUGGAAAGUGCCCAGCUGGAGAGUCUCCGGGAGGCGGACACGAACACCUGCCAUCCGCUCAAAUGGGAGCUGGUCACGCAGACCAGCGAGAUGCUCAUCCUGUGCUUCGGACUCCACCUGGCCAUCGCCAGCCGGAAUGCCAACACCCAGUUCCGGGAACGGCAAUUUCUGGUGACCGCGCUGACGCUGGAGUUCCUGGUCUCGUCGAGCUUCUACUUUCUGCGCUUUCUCUACCUGCCGGAAAUGAGUCCCAGCGCCAUUUUGCUGGCCCUGUUCAUCCGCUCGCAGCUGACGAACAGCUUCGCCUUGGGCCUGAUAUUUGUGCCAAAGUUGUGGUAUCAGCACAAGCAGGUUCGUUCGCUAGCGUAUGAUCUAUCAAUACGUUUACCUGUGGAUGCUUUCAAGGGUACGUCACACGACGCCGGCCAGCGGCUGGGCGGAGGAUAUGCCGGGCUCUGUCUGGGCGAUCCGGACAUCGGGGAGCUGACCAUAUCCGAAAUGAGUCCCGAGGACAUACGCGCCGAACUCAAAAGACUGUACACCCAACUGGAGAUUAUGAAGAACAAGACUCUGAGGCAGGACAAUCCGCACAUCAGCAAGCGACGUGGCGGACGCAAGGCGGGUCACCGCCGCUUCUCCCUGCAGAAAAAGGGCAGCAAGGAUAAGGCUCUAAGUGCCAAACACCGCAGCAACAAGCAUCAUCAGGACAUUGAGAUCACCGAGGCGGAACCUUCCCGAACGCCCGAGGACUCAGUUUGCAGUGCCGAAGGACCCACGGACACCUAUGCCGAAAUAUCGGGCGUAUCCCACUCAAUGCUCUCCCACUCGAUGGUCUCCCACUCCGUUGUCUCGCACUCAAAGUAAGGAAAACUAAGGAGACCGAUUCGCAGGAUCAUUAAGGAUAAGCUAACCGAUAUUCCAGCAAUCAGAGAGAUUUGUACAUAAGUAUUAAACGGUACGAUACAUGUUGGUAUUUGUAGAUAAUAUGUAUAUGUAUGUGAGAAAUAGUUAUUAUAUAGCGCAACAACACAAACAAUAAAAGAAUUACUUUAAUUUCGCAAAGAAAGAAAAACCAACA